GUUGCAUCAAAACCGAUUUCGAUCUAGGGUUUCAUGGAUAAGAUCAUUUCAAUGGCUAACUCAUCAGUUUUGGUGAUGGUACUCAUGGCAUUGUUGGGAACCCUAGCUCCUCUCACUGAGGCUCGGGCUUUCUUCGUCUUUGGAGACUCGCUCGUUGACAGUGGCAACAACAACUACUUGGUCACCAGCGCCCGUGCUGAUUCGCCACCUUACGGCAUUGAUUAUCCUACUCACCGUGCCACUGGCCGCUUCUCCAAUGGCCUUAACAUUCCUGAUAUUAUCAGUCAGACAAUUAAAUCGGAAUCUACAUUGCCAUACCUGAGCCCGCAGCUUACAGGGAAAAAACUACUAGUUGGUGCCAAUUUCGCUUCUGCUGGUAUCGGAAUCCUCAAUGACACUGGGAUUCAGUUUCUUAACAUAAUCAGAAUAUAUAGACAGUUGGAGUACUUCCAACAAUACCAGCAAAGGUUGACUGCACUAGUUGGAGCUCAGAAGGCUAGGGGAAUUGUAAACCAAGCACUCGUCCUCAUCACUCUAGGCGGCAACGACUUCGUCAACAACUACUACUUGGUGCCCAACUCUGCAAGAUCUCGCCAAUUUGCUCUUCCCAAUUAUGUUCGCUAUCUCAUCUCUGAGUACCAAAAAAUUCUAAUGAGGCUAUAUAAGCUUGGAGCACGAAGGGUUCUUGUGACGGGCACUGGACCAAUGGGGUGUGUACCAGCAGAACGUGCCAUGAGGAGCAGAAACGGCGAGUGCGCAGCUGAAUUGCAGCAAGCUUCAGCCUUGUUCAACCCACAACUCGUUCAGAUGCUACAAGGACUCAAUAAAAAGUUUAAUGCAGAUGUCUUCAUCGCUGCCAAUACACACAAAAUGCAUAUGGACUUCAUCACUGAUCCUCAGGCAUUUGGGUUUACAACAUCAAAGAUAGCAUGUUGUGGGCAAGGACCCUACAAUGGGCUCGGACUUUGCACGGUGCUCUCAAACCUGUGCCCCAACCGAGGCCAGUAUGCGUUUUGGGAUGCAUUCCAUCCAUCCGAAAAGGCAAACAGACUGAUAGUACAACAGAUCAUGACCGGCUCAACCAUGUACAUGAACCCCAUGAAUCUCAGCACCAUCAUGGCCUUGGAUUCAAGGACUUGAUCAUUUGGAAAAUAACAUAGCAUGUAUGCAGUUGCUCGGUUAAUCACUAUGUAUUAGUUUCCCUGCCUUGCUUUUUGGAGUACCAUUGUCAUGAAACUGUGGACUGUUAUGUUAAUUUCAAAUUUAUGUGUUGGUUGAUGAAUAUCCAUGGGUAGAUUUAUUGAUAUAUAAUAACAGCUGGUUUAUGGGCA